AUGAACGCGCCGCGGCCCUUACCACCAUCACAGCUCCCCUUCGACAAUCUUCACACGUAUCAUCAGGGGCCCGGACAACCACAACCCUACUGCGAUUCAUACAGCCUGAGGGAGUACAGUUAUCGUGACAGCUUAGGAGGUUCGCAUUACAGAUCACCAUACACGGAGCCCGCUCAUAGGAAUGAAGAGGGUUAUCUCAGCACAGGUUCGUCUUCAGCUUCGGAUUCCACAAGGCCUAACUACCACCUGCCCAGCAUCUCGGCCGAGUUUGGUCUGCACCAUAACCAGUUCCAGCUGCACUCUAGCGCCGACGCCCUCUUUGAUAUGAAGAAUAAGCUUGCGCUUGUGAAAAGAUUCGAUACGAAGGGGCCUGGCCCACACCUCGAUGCGUCAAGCACAUCGUCAACUAGCGACGCCUUUUCGAGGCUGUCCGGUGACUUUCGCGUCCCGCAACUUUCCGUGCCCACCAGUCUGCCGUUGCACCACAAAAAGUCGAACCUCCUAGACACGCAGACUCCCAGCUCUGCCCUCUCAGAGCCAGCCAUUGCAUCUCGGUCAGGAAUAUCACUCGCCGCCAGCUCAAGAAGGAACAACAGCGACAAUGCCUUACCGCACAACCACGAGGCGCAUGAGAUGGAGAUGAAGGAGAACAAUCCUGCGAAGAGAUUGCGGAUAGAGGACCCCAUGAGGGCGCACUACGAC